AGCCGGGGGCUCGGUUGGGAAGGCGCCCACAGCAGGCGUCGUGUUCUUCCCGUGGACCAACCGCUCGCGCUGCCCCGACUCUCGCAUCACCAGAGAGGCGUCAUGGGCUUCCGGAAGUUUUCCCCCUUCCUGGCUUUCGGCAUCUUGGUCCUGUGCCAGGUGGGCAGCCUCCAGGGGGCGCCAUUCAGGUUGGCCUUGGAGAGCAGCCCAGACCUGGCUACACUCAGUGAGGAGGAAGCGCGCUUCCUGCUGGCUGCACUGGUGCAGGACUACAUGCAGAUGAAGGCCAGUGAGCUGGAACAGGAGCAGGAGCAGGAGCAGGAGCAGGAACAAAAGACAGAUGGCUCCAGUGUCAUUACUCAGAAGAGAUCCUGCAGCACUGCCACCUGUGUGACCCAUCGCCUGGCAGGCUUGCUGAGCAGAUCGGGGGGUGUGGUGAAGAGCAACUUUGUGCCCACCGAUGUGGGUUCCAAAGCCUUUGGCCGGCGCCGCAGGGACCUUCAGGCCUGAGCAGUGAAAUGACUCAAGGAAGAAGAUUACCAUGAAGCUGAACUCACCACUUCUAUUAAUUUCUGUUGACAACAACUUGGUGAGAACGCCCCAUGGAAGACGCACAUGUUUGCAUCCUAAUAGAUACUGAAUAAAAAGCACCUUUGUCACUUGAAAGGAAUGGAACCAAAUGUAAAACAAGUUAAUUCCAUAUUUGUUGUGCAUCAUUUUUAUAUUUAAUUCCAUGUUCAGUAAAUGUGAUGACCUCUCAUUGGCUUAUCUGGUAGCAAAUUGGUUCUUUGAGAACCAUCCUGUUGAUCGUGGCAGUUCUGCCAAACCUUAGGGGGACAUGAAAUCACUGCCUCUUGUGACCUCUAGGGACACAUGGUAAUGGUGAUGCUGUGCCUUGUUGUCUAAGAACAUGAUUGUAAAAUUUGUUUAAGAAAACGUCAAUAUUGUGCCACUUGUGAACUUCAUCAAGAUUAAAAACAUAUUUUAGAUACAUUUGUUUUAAGACUCUGGUGGUUCAUUUCAACUUGUUUUCCUAUGUAAUAAUAUUAAUAAUAAAUAUUUUUGAGUGC